UAAAUAAAUUACGUGUUCGACUUCACGCAAAGCUGCGCAGACCGAUCGGCGUAUGACAUCAAGUACCGCGAGAGAUUUCUGUGCUUUCGUGUUCUUUCAAAUAGCUCUCGCGAAACUUUGACGUCAUACACGAAUCAGUUUGUGCAUCGCCACCGAAGUCAAACACGCCUUGAGCUUUUUUAAACGUGCAAGCUGAGCGGACCUUGAUACAAUUUUUCUGAAAUUAUGUCGAAUAGAAGUGGAUGUUCACUCGAAAGCUCUUAUGAUGCGGGUCCUUGUGACUCGACACAAACAAGUUCAAUUGCAGAUCAGCUAAAAGCAAUGAAAGACAGGGAAAUCCGCAGCGUAGAUUAUAUGAAUUGUAGUGUUCUCCAGUGUAUGUCCUGCAACGCCGUGCUUGGAGACUCUCUCGGCAUCUGUGGGGAAGUCCAGAGCCUUCAGGUCAUCGUUUGUUUAAAAGUUUCUAAGGAUGUGAGGGUGAGCAAAAAGAUGGAAAUGUCCUUGGAUGGUCAGCUAGCUUUUUCCACCUACCAAGUCCUUCAAUGUGCGGGUUGCCAAGGUAAUGUUGGCCUGAUUCUUCACUCCACCCCAGAGCACCUGUCCGCUUUAAGAAAUCUCUUCCUUUUACGAAAAGAGCUCAUAAACUGCUACAUGCUAAGAAAUAACAAAUGUGUUAAAGCCUCAAAAAUGUGCUUCAAACACAGACCUAUGGACAUAAAUAUUAAAGAGUUGAAACAAGAUUUAGAAGCCCAGCUGAAGCAUAUCAAGAUUUUGGAAGAAAUGAUGGACAAACUCGGCACAUACAGUAUAAACUAAAGUAAUGCCAAGAAAAGCAUACAGCUUUCUUGUUCACAAAUAUAUUUUUGUAAAGUAAUAUUGAUAGAAAUGUUUGCUACGUUGACUUGAAACUACAUUAACCUAUGUAAUGUCUCAUUUACCUCAUUUAUGUACAGAGAAAGAUUAAAAAUGCAUAUUGUAA